GUGCGGCCUUAUGAUGGCUUUGGAAAUGUGGUCCGUGAUGUCUCUCAGUUCUUCAGGGUUGCAAAUAAAAUGAGGCCUGUGGUAGAGAAGAAGACUGCUACAGAGAGCUGUGGGGCAGUGUGUUUGCCAGAUACUCAGCCCUCUGGCUUCACUUCCUGCUCACACUCCCAAAGCUCCCACACCCAGAAGGCCAAGGUGCUGGAUGCCCACCUUCCCAGCCUGAAGAGGAGGAGGCUCAAUGAACACACUGGAGCCACUGGGAUGCCCAGGAUCUUUCUUCAGUAUGAGUGUGAGGUGCAGAAGAGUCAGAGGAGACCAGCCAACCUGUUGGAGGCUCUGGAGCAAAUCGACCAUCACAGUGGAGGAAACGACGAUGGUGUGGUGGGAGAGGAGAAGGUAUUGUGUUUUCUGUGA